CUGCGCCGUACCGCAGGUAGGGUAGCGCGCGGGAAGGGUCAGGAAGGGUAUAAAGCGCAACACCCGGGUUCGCGGCCAGCCAUCGUCCGUCCCGAUUCCCGACUUUGUGUUCCGUUCCUGCCCAGCCAUGGUUCGCGUGGCGAUGGCGCCGCACCCGCUGCUGCUGGUCUCGGUAGUGGUGGCCGUGUGUGCGGCCAUCCCUCACGCCGUUAUGGCCAUCGACUUGAGCAGACUUUACGGCCACCUCAGUUCCAAAAGAAACGGUGAUGCUUGCCACCCAUACGAACCAUUCAAAUGUCCCGGCGACGGAAAUUGCAUAUCCAUACAGUACCUUUGCGAUGGAGCACCGGACUGCUCCGACGGCUAUGAUGAAGACUCCAGGCUUUGCACGGCUGCAAAGAGGCCACCAGUUGAGGAAACCGGUAGUUUCCUGAAAUCGCUGUUGGCCAGUCACGGCCCCAACUACCUAGAGAAGCUCUUCGGUAGCAAAGCCCGGGACGCCCUUAAACCCCUGGGCGGUGUCGACAAGGUCGCCAUUGCGUUAUCAGAGUCACAGACUAUCGAAGAUUUCGGAGCAGCUCUUCACCUAAUGCGCUCGGACUUAGAGCACCUGCGGUCCGUGUUUAUGGCGGUUGAAAACGGGGACCUUGGAAUGCUGAAAUCGCUCGGCAUCAAGGACUCCGAAUUGGGGGACGUGAAGUUCUUCUUGGAAAAACUGGUGAAUACAGGUUUUCUGGACUGAAUAAUCCCCGACCCUGCUGCUAUCUUCUUCGCCCAUCCCCAGCCCCACGCGCCCUUGAGUAAGGCGUUCUAUUCCUACCUCCCCUACGAUACCUAUUAAACUUUUCUCUUCCAGCAGCAGAGUCCGCGUUAAAAUCCGUCCCUUCUCCACGACCCAAACCCCUUUCUUUCGUCCCCCGGCCUAAGUAAACAUACGUCGCGCGACUGUCUCCGCGUUGCGUUUUCGCCUCGAAAGGCUAUCCAAUAUAACAAGAAGAAAUUAUGAUAAUGAUUAUAAC